AUGGCCCUACCGGAGCCCCUAGCAUUGCUGUUUAACCACAUCGAUCUUCACAAAUCCGAAUACAUCGAAACCCUCCGACAAGCCGUUGCCAUCCAAUCGGUAUCCGGCCAGCCGGAGAAGCGCCCCGAGUGCAAACGAAUGCUCGAAUGGGCCGCCCAUCGCCUCCAAAAACUCGGCGCCACCGUCGAGCUCCGCGACAUCGGCCACCAGACCCUCCCCGACGGCUCCACCAUCCCCCUACCACCCGUCCUCCUCGGCUCCCUCGGCCGAAACCCCCAGAAGAAAACGGUAGCCGUUUACGGCCACUUGGACGUACAGCCAGCUCAGUUAGAGGACGGCUGGAACUCCGAACCCUUCGUACUCACCGAAAAGAAUGGUAAACUCUUCGGUAGAGGAUCCUCUGACGAUAAGGGCCCCGUACUGUGCUGGAUACACGCCAUCGAGGCCUUCAAGGCUACCGGUCAGGAGGUGCCGGUCAACGUUAAAUUCAUCUUCGAAGGGAUGGAGGAGAGCGGCAGCGACGGGCUGGAGCCCCUUUUGGUCGCCGAAAAGGAGAAAUUCCUGGGCGAUGUCGAUUACGUUUGCAUAUCGGACAACUAUUGGCUGGGCACCAGCAAGCCUUGCAUCACCUACGGCUUAAGAGGGGUCUGUUAUUUCUUCCUGGAGGUCGAAUGCGCCCAGAAGGACCUGCACAGCGGCGUCUUCGGGGGCACCGUCUCCGAGGCGAUGACCGAUCUCGUCUACCUCAUGAACCAGCUGGUCGAUCAAAACGGCAAGAUCCUCGUCGAAGGCCUCUACAACGAAGUGGCCCCCUUGAAUCCGGCCGAGACGGCCCUGUAUGAAAACAUCGAUUUCGACGUCGACGAGUACCGCAGCGACAUCGGUUGCGCCAAAUUGUUGCACGACGAACGAAAGGACGAGAUCCUGAUGCACCGAUGGCGCUUUCCCAGCCUGUCUUUGCACGGCAUAGAGGGCGCUUUCAGCGGCGCCGGCGCGAAGACGGUGAUACCGCGCAAGGUGAUCGGGAAGUUUUCGAUCAGGAUCGUGCCGAAUCAGGAGCCGAAGCGUAUCGAACGGUACGUGGUGGACUACGUGGAGAGGAUUUGGAAGAAACGGGGCAGUCCUAACAAGAUGAAGGUAUACAUGACCGACGGCGGCGCCCCCUGGACGGAGGAUCCGUCCCAUCCCCAUUACGGGGCCGCUUCCAAAGCCACCAAAUACGUGUACAAAGUGGAACCGGAUUUGUGCAGAGAGGGCGGUUCGAUACCGGUGACGUUGACGUUUCAACAGGUGACUGGGAAAAAUAUCAUCCUGUUACCGGUGGGGGCCGGCGAUGACGGGGCCCAUUCGCAGAACGAGAAGCUCGACGUUAGGAAUUACAUUAACGGUGCGAAGCUGCUCGGUGCCUAUUUGUACGAGGUGUCGCGAUUGUGA